UACAGGAACUCUAACAGCUCAUCUAAAUAUAAGAAAAUCAUCUCCAACUCCGACCUGAUUUCUUCAGGGACUCCUGCUGUGUACCAACUGAGAACAAAAUGGAAUUUUGGAAAACCGAAUACAAGAAUAACUUUUGGAGAAAAAAAUCCAGACAAGACAAAUAAAAUCAUCUUACUUGUGGGUGAAACAGGAGCAGGAAAAUCUACUCUGAUCAAUGCUCUAUUUAACUACAGCAUGGGAGUAAAGUGGGAGGAGAAGAUCUGGUUUCAGAUGGUAGAGAGGGAGAAAAGUCUGACAGAAAGUCAGACAUCAGAUGUGAUCGUGUACGAGAUCUUUGAUUUUGAAGAUAAAACUUUGCCCUACUCCGUGACCAUCAUCGAUACUCCUGGAUAUGGAAACACCAGAGGGAUCGAACAUGAUGCCAUCACCAAUCAAAAGUUAUUAAAGUUUUUUCAAUCAGAGGAUGGAGUUCAUGAAGUUCAUGCAGUGGGUCUGGUGUUGAAGGCGACAGAUAAUCGAAUGAAUUAUCAACCAAUUUAUGUGCUUGAUUCAGUGAUGUCUCUGUUUGGGAAGGACUUGGAGAAAAACAUCGUAUCUCUCAUCACACACUCAGAUGGAGGAAAACCAAAAAAUCCUCUAAAGGCUAUUGAAGAAGCAAAAAUUAAAUGUGCCAGAAAUGAGAAUAAUGAGCCUGUUUAUUUCCUGUUUAAUAACAAACAGACUGAAGACCGAACAGAGGAAGACGAAUACCUGCAAUGUGCUGGAAAAUUAUCAAUGACAAACAUUGAAAAGUUCACUGACUUUCUGGAAAAAGUGGAACCUCGAAAGCUACUAAUGUCUUCAGAGGUCCUGGAUAAUCAAAUCAAACUGACAGCCUGCAUCAAAAAUCUGCAAGAGAAAAUAAAACUGACUGAAAAGAAGCAGACAGAAAUCAAACAGAUUCAAGAAGCUCUGAAAAAACAUGAAGAAGAGAUGACGUAAAAUGAGAAGUUCACUGUAGAAGUUGACGAGCCAUAUAAAGACAAAGAAAUGAUCAGUGGUGGGAUGUGGGGGCUUGCUUUUUACUCGGGAGCUCUCUGUUGUAAAGUCUGUGAGGAGACCUGUCACUAUCCUGGAUGCACGAUGGCCUGGUAUCCUGAACACUGUGAGGUCAUUACAAAGGGCCACUGCAUUGUCUGCACCAAAAGGUGUCCUGUAUCAGUUCAUGUCAAAGAAAAGUGGAGAUAUGUGAUCAAAACAAGGAAGGUUAAUAAGACUAAAAAAUCAAUGAAAGAGAAAUAUGACGAAAAUAAAACUGAAGGACAGAAAAAGUUGAGUCUUUUGGAAACUCUUGAAAAGGAAAUGAACGACCUGAAAGAAGAGAAGUCACAGUUCUUGGAUGAGUCCUACCAACAUGUUGUCAGACUGACAGAGAUCGCUCUGAAAGCUGAAUCAACAUCCACUAUUGUCCACUUGGACUUGCUGAUUGAGAAGAUGAAGGACAGAGGAGACACAGAGAAGGUCCAGAAACUGGAGGAGAUGAGACGCAAAUUGGAUGAACAAACCAGAGCUGUACUAAAUUACAGAUGGGGAAAGCAUACAAAAGCUGAGAAUGGAAAUAAAGAUCAACUAGAAGAACAGAACAGCUCUGACACAACAGCAGGAAAGACCUUCAAUGAAGGAGCUAAAGAUCAACUAGAAGAACAAAACAGCUCUGACACAACUGCAGGAAAGACCUUCAAUGAAGGACCAAAAGAUCAAAUAGAAAAACAAUACACCUCUGACACACCUGCAGGAAAGACCUUCAAUGAAGGAACUAAAGAUCAACUAGAAGAA